AUGGCGCACCCGCCUGCCGAAGUCGACGAAGGCGGAACAUAUGAUGAGGAUCGCGCGUCGCUCAUAGUUACUCUCAAAGUUCGCACUGUCGUCAAAGAGAGUAACGGACUCCUUGACCCUACCCCGCGCGGCUACUGCAAAGCGAUAACUCAACGAAACCACGAGAAAUCUCCCCUGCUCAAACUUCCGCCGGAACUUCGCAAUCGGAUCUACGCGUACGUCUUCUGUAGCACAGAUGUCAGAAGCGUCUAUGCGGAAGCAAGACUGAUACCUUUUGUUGCUGGCCGAUUCGAUCUCUACUACCGCGAUUUCUGGCCGUAUAGGUUACCAGGAGUGCCCCUUCCGGUACCAACUACGAACCAGCUGCUCUCCGUUCAGCUCGAACGCAUUACGGUUAUACAAAUACCCUUUCGUAAUGCUCAGCCUGCAGAUCUUAUUAAAGACCUGAAACCCUUCGCUGGCCUCGAGAGGUGCAUCCUCGAAUUCCCCAGCCAUUUCUCCGAUUCGAUCAAGUCGCUGGUCGAGGAUCUUCAACAACGUGUUGGCGAGUCUGUCGAAGUGGUAGUUGAAGGUGGCGACGCACGAUUGCAGUAUCUCGAGAAAGUGGUACACGAUGAUUCAGAAUGGUGGAUGUAA